AGAAGUUGUGAUAGAAUUAAUAGUAAUAAUGACGUCACCACUUCUCCGCUCCCUUUCCUCUUUUUAAUUCAAAGUCUCACUGACACACCUCAUUCUGUGUCUCAUCAUCUCUCUCACGGAUCGAUUCUUCCUUCGCUGCCAUGGCGCCUGAGAAGGUGACAGAAAUGGUGCUGAAUGUCGAUCUCAAAUGCUCCGGCUGCUACAAGAAAGUGAAGAAGGUUAUCUGUAAAAUCCCCCAAAUAAGGGACCAGGUCUUUGAUGUGGACAAGAACAAGGUCAAAUUAAUCGUGGUGUGUUGUAGCCCUGAAGCUAUUCGAGACAAGCUUUGUUACAAAGGUGGAGGUGCGAUUCAGAGCAUAGAAAUCGUCGAGAAGCCGGAAAAGCCUAAAGAACCGGAAAAAGCUAAACCCGCCGCCGUCGCCGAUAAGCCAAAAGAGGCUGAGAAGGCGAAGCCACCGGCUGACAAACCAAAAGAUGCCAAACCAGCUGCCGACAAGCCUGCCGGAAAACCCAAGGAAGCCGAGAAACCCAAAGCUGCUGACAAGCCAAAGGAUCAACAGGAGAAACCCAAAGCCGCUGACAAGCCAAAGGAUGCAGGAAAGCCACCGGAGGCCAAACCUAAGGACGCAGGGAAGCCACCGGAGGCGAAACCGAAGGAUGCUGGGAAGCCACCGGAGGCUAAACCGAAGGAUGCAGGGAAGCCACCGGAGGGGAAACCUAAAGAGGCGGAGAAGCCAAAACAAGAAGCUCCGAAGAAAGUAGAUUUUGCUCCGAACCCGGAGGUUGCGAAGAUGGUGUAUGAACCAGUGCACGGCUAUCCACAGAUGUACCCACAAUCAGCUUACCCACCUAUGGUGGGAUACGGGCAGUAUUACGAUCAAGGUUACGGUGGUGCUCCGUUUCAGCAUGGCUACGGGAUGCCAAUAGCACCACCACCGCCGCCGCCUAGUUACGGUGGGUUUGGAUACGACCAUGGAGGGUAUAAUAAUGGGUAUAAUGGGAACAGGAGUCAUUAUUCGAGUAAUGAUUAUGGAGGCGAAGAGGAAGGUGAAGGUUGUUCGAUAAUGUGAAAAUGGUGGCGGGUGAGGUGGUGGAUGGUGGAUGGUAGGUGGUGGGUGGCGGUCAAUUUCAAGGCGAAAUAAAUAAUCCCGAUAAAGAUAAUCAAGACACGAUGAAUAAGUAAGUUUUAGAUAAUCUUCCAUGUGAGAAAUCUUAAAAAGAUGGCAAGUAAUGAAUCUUUGUGUACAUCGUAAAGACGUUAUUUUAUUUUUAUUUUUUCUUUUUUCUUUCUUUUUGUAUUGAGAAAGACAUGAUAGAAAUGAAAUAAAUUUUAUUUGUAAAAAAUGGCUUUAUUAGCGAAGAAGAAUCGAGAAAGAUAUUGGUGAA